AUGUGAAAAACAAGUUGUCAGUUUAUUGUUGAUUGGUUGUUGUGAUGCAGAUGAAAGAACUUUUUUUGUUGAAUAUAAGAGGAAUAUCAGCGUUUUUCAUAUAAAAACACAAUCUUUUGCAGGUUCCUGCAUCUUUAAAAACUGUAAUGGUUACUGUAAUCCUACUUUAACAAAGAAAACACUUUUGUUUGCUGAAAUGAAGGUAUUAUGAAAAACUGGGUGGGCUCUGAGAGCAACAUGAUGUUGUUAGGUUAUUGUUCGAUCUUUUCGUUUAAGUGUAUGAAUAAAGUAAGUCAAAGGUGAGUCAAGACUUUCUCCAUUAUUUUUCCCACCAGUAUUGUGCAAUCUUUUGUAAUCUUUGAACACUGGAAUAGGCUUUUGAUCUUUAUAAUGCUCAUAUUGAUAACUAAUUAGUGGAGUUUUAUGUAAUCUCCGAUAGAGCUCUUCUGUUUGUUCCUUGAGAAAGCUUGAGGAUUGCGAUUAAUGUGUAAUAGUGCGAGGAAUAAAGUGAGUGUUUUGUAAAAACACUGAGCCCAAGUUAUCCAAUGAUAUUUCAAGGAAACACCAUUUUGCAUCCUUGGUAAUCCUGACUGUGAAAUGACAAUUGCAAAGGGAGGUCAUGAAGUCAUAACUUCAAUAAGCUUCAACUAACCUCAACACCUUCAGACGGAUUUGACAUUACAGCUGGUCAUAGGCCAACUCCUUGUAACUUUUUCCACUGGAUUUUCAAGUUUUCCAUUGGCACAUUUUACAUUAUAUGAUUCACAAAGUUAUGGAAGCCUUUUUCUGUCUCAGUUAAAAAUAAAAGCAAUUGUAAGAUAAAGAUUAAAGUAAGAAUUAAAGCACAACUGUAAGAAAUAAAGUUGCAGUUGUGAGAUAAAGUCGCAAUUACGAGAAAUAAAGUUUAAUUUGUGGGAUAGAAAUUUUGCAAUUGUGACAUACAAACUUGUGAUUAUACAUAAAUAGUCACAACUUUAAGAAAUAAGAAUGGCUUGGAAUUAAAUAACAAUUGUGAGAUGUGAAGUGAUUACAGGAGAGUCGCAGUUAUGAGAUAUAAAUCCACAAUUAUGAGAAAAAAAUUGCAAUUGUAAGAAUUAAUGUCGCAAUCAUAAAGUCACAAUUGUGAGAUAUAAAGUCAAAAUUAUGAAAAAUAUUGUAAAUAAUAAUUUUUAUUUUAUUUUUAAUUAUUUUUAUUGCAAGCCAGAAAUGAACGUUCAUAAAAAAUUGCUAGCAUUACAGUAAAAGCUUGAAAUAAGAGUUUAUAUAUUUUUAUUUUAAUGUAUUUGUCUUUUUUUAUAUUUUAUGUUUCCAUAAACAUUCCUCUUCCUCCCACUGAUCAACUCUAAUUCUUUGGAAACAAACCCCAGUACGGAUUAUCGCCUGCUGUGUGAUUUCUGAGAGUUUGUGUUUAUGAAGUCUCCCAGGUUGUUGUUUAACAGACCCCAGUGCAGCGCCAGAUUAGGGCCCAAUAAGGGAAGCGGUGAUGACGUUUGCUGUUAAGAGAAAAAGGUGUGAAUUCCAGGUCAUUGUCUGUGGCAAAGUCUCGUGUCAGUGGGUUUAAGUUUAUAAUGCUUUUGCUUUUAUAACCUCAUAUGCAAAUUUGUUGUUAACUUUGGUCAUAAAAUGUAAAUAUAAACGGAUCAGGUUUGGAGGGACUUACACAAGCUAUGAGUGGCAGGAGUCUAAUCUUAAAGCUUAAUCUCCAUGGCCAUAAUGCUUUAUGACAUGCCCGGAAUGGACCAGUAACGGUGGAUGCGGAUGGCACCAGGGCAAAGAUUAAUCAGCGGCACAUUAUUUAAAGGCCAUCAUAAGACAAAGUCCCUGAGUUGACUCCGUUUCAGUCACAGGAUGAGGCAGCUUAGAUGUUCUUGGAGCUUUGUGAAACCCUUAAUCAUCAUCAGCACACCACUGGCAUUACUACCGCUGCCACUGGUCAUCAAAACAAAGGAAGCAGAAUGUGCGUACAUCCUGAUAUUAAUGGCUGUGUACUGGAUGACGGAGGUCUUGCCUCUGUCUGUGACGGCACUUCUCCCCGCACUGCUUUUCCCUCUUUUUGGCAUCAUGAAAUCCUCCCAGGUUGCAUCUACAUAUUUCAAAGACUUCCAUUUGUUGCUUCUUGGAGUCAUCUGUCUAGCAACAGCCAUUGAGAAAUGGGGUCUUCACCGAAGAAUUGCCCUCAGAUUGGUGACUACGCUUGGAGUCAACCCUGGCAUGUUGAUGCUGGGGUUCAUGGUUGGCUGUGCUUUCCUCUCCAUGUGGUUGAGCAACACCUCAACUGUGGCGAUGGUAAUGCCAAUUGUGGAGGCAGUGAUCCAGCAGGUUUUGAAUGCAAAUGAAGAGGCAAGCAAAGACCACAAGGGGGCGUUAAAUGGCAUCGCCAACCCUGCGCUUCAGCUUGAAGAUAUUGAGGCCCAGUAUGACCAGUCUGAGAAGAUAAAAAGCAUUGAAGCAGGCAUUACAGAGCCAGUACAGACAGCUCCUGAGGAACCAGAAACUGUUAAGGCACCAACUCCACCAUAUAAUGGGAAGUACAGAACACGUGAAGAUCACAUGAUGUGCAAAGGAUUGUCACUUUGCAUUGCCUACUCCUCAUCCAUUGGGGGGCUGACCACAUUAUCAGGAACAUCCACAAACCUCAUCUUUGCUGAAUACAUCUAUCAGUACUACCCAGACUGCACCAUCAUUAAUUUUGGAAACUGGUUCGUGCUUUGUCUUCCCAUCUGCAUAAUUAUGCUGAUUUUGUCAUGGCUAUUCCUGCACUGGAUGUUCCUCGGAUCCAACUUUCGUGCCAGUCUGUGCUCCAGACAGCAAACCGAAAAGGAAAAAAUCACUGCCAAAGUGCUUCGGGAUCAGUACAACUCACUAGGGCCCAUAAGAGGCCAGGAGAUUAUCACCUUGAUCAUCUUCAUUCUGAUGGCAAUAUUGUGGUUUACGAGAAACCCAGGUUUCAUGCCAGGCUGGUCAUCACUGUUCCCUAAUUACCCAGGUUAUGCUACGGAUGCCACUGUAGCACUGUUGCUGGGUUUCAUGUUCUUCCUCAUCCCUGCACACAAACUAAAAGCAGAUCACUACGAGGCCUUGAUAACGUGGAAGGACUUCCAGGCCUGUAUGCCAUGGGAGAUCAGUCUGCUCGUGGGUGGCGGUUUUGCUUUGGCUGAAGGCACAAAGAUUUCUGGUUUAUCGUCUUGGGUUGCUGAAUUGCUGACUCCCUUGGGAAGCCUUCCUCCUUUAGCCACUGUCACCAUCGCCAGCCUUAUUGUUACCUCUAUCACAGAGGUGGCCAGCAAUGCUGCCACAAUGACAAUCUUUUUGCCUAUACUGGCCCCCUUGGCAGAGGCAAUUGGAGUCAACCCUCUGUACAUGCUGAUUCCCACGGCCCUAUCUGUGUCCUUUUCGUUCCUACUUCCAGUUUCUAAUCCUCCUAAUGCCAUUGUCUUCACAUAUGGUCAUCUGACAAGCAUGGACAUGGUGAAGGCAGGGCUGGGCGUAAACAUUAUAGGCAUUCUUACAGUCCUAUUAGCUCUCACAACAUGGGGAACACCUCUGCUUAACCUGGACACCUACCCAGACUGGGCACCAGUGGUAAACAACACUGGAGUAUGACCAUCACUGUGAAAAUUAUAGAAAUGUGAACAGUGUAGUUUUAAAAUUACAUGGGAUCCCUCGCAGUUGGCUGAACUGUUGACAGGGCAAAGUCCACAAUCCAGAUGUUUUACUUGUUUGGAUCACUUGGACAAGAAGGCAUGACGAGCUUGCCUUUACAAAUACAUCAGACUGAAUGGUUUGGGUUCCAGGAGAUGUUCGGUUUGAACGUCAUUGUUUAUAUGUUUUUGUAUUAUAAGCAGUUUUAAUAAUCUUUGGCCUUGUUUACACCUGAUAUUAAGAAGCGUUUUCUUCAAUCCAGUUACAAGUGGACGACACUAGAUACAGGUGUAAAUUGUGUCUAAAAGGUUUUGAGCUUGGUCAAAUGCGUUCGAACAACCACAAAAGACCCCAACUCUUCACCUAUUGACCUAAUGCGUAAACAUUAUGCAUUAAACGUUGUCAGCUGAAGACCUAAAUUUGGUUUGAAGAUGAAAAACGUACCAAGCACAAAGUUCUCUUACCAUUCCUGAUUUCUAACAUGCAUUCUUGCAGCUGUCAGAGCAGAAACGGAAGCUGAUGUUCGCUGUAUGUUUUUCUUUCAUCUCCGGUCACGUACAUGUGUAAAUUGCGUGAGCUUAUUUUGUUUAUUAGAUCAAAAGAUCUGAAAAAGCCCAUACAUUUACCCACUACCCUCCCCUCAAAGAAAUCAAGACAGAAAUGGUCAAAAGUGGACAAAAGAGAAAACAAAGAUUAAAACACCAGGCAUAAAUGGGAAUGUGUCUCUCUCAUCUAUUUGUGAUCUGAUCAACCAAAACACAUCUUAAUACCAGGUGUAAACAGGGCCUUUGUGAUCAUUGUCUCAAGUCUGUGAUUCCUUUUGCUAUUUACUCUUUUGAGAGGUUCAAAGAGACUAGUAAAAGCUGUUUAAAACAGGAUGCUUUGGUGAACAAUGUAUGUGCACAAUUCAACAGUGCAAUGUUUAUACAAAAUGUAUUAUAUAAAAAAUAUUUCUUAAGCUUUAAGCAGAAUUUGCAUGACAGGCUUAGUCCCGUCAGUUAACAUAGCACUUAAUGUUUUAUAUGAUUGUAUAUUUUUGUUACACUCUAGCAUGUACAUAUAUACAGAUAAGUGAACUGUAUAAGUAGAAUGUUGAAAUUACAUUGUGAACAAAAGAGAUCAAAAGUAGAGAAAGACAAAAAAUGUUCAACUUUAGACACUGACUUAACACAAACUUGCACACAACAGUGGCUAGCAAAUAAUAGCUGUUGAUUUUAGGUGAGUUACUCAGCUGUUUGGCUUCUUGCAAAAAGUGGGCAUUUCUAGCUUUUGCCCCUGUUGAGUUUCAAGGGCGUUAGUCAGAGUAUUCUAUGUUUUUUUUUGUUUUGUUUUUUAUAGUAGUCAACAUUUGAAGUGGAUCAAAACCUUUCAUCAAAGUUGCCUAAAACCUUCUUCUUAGAACAACUUUGAUUAACUUUUUUGAUCCACUUCAAAUGUUGACUACUGUAGUUCAAAGAACAUAGACAUAUUUUGUUUUUAAAUUUACAAUGUGUUUUUGUUUCAAUACUAUUUUAAAAUUCACCUCACAGAAUACUGCACUUUGAAUGGAAACUCAGCAUUGAGUUUGGUUAACAUCUAUUGCUCAUAUGUGCUUCUUGUGAGAUGUUUCUUGUUACGACUAAAACUGUGAGACAAUUA